UCCUAAAGUGCGUUGGGAAAAAACGCGAAUCGACCGCCGUCACCGCCAUCAAGGAUGGCGCAGUUUUAUGAUUUCAUAUGAUAAUUGCCUUGAUUUUAUUCACUUCUUAAAGUGCCUCUUCAAGACGGCCGAAAAUAGACUUUACGACUCGGUAACAAAACGCAGGCCUACACAAGGGGUUGGCGAUUAUGAAAGGAUCUAUUUAAUACGUCACUGAGCGCGCGCUUUUCGUUGAUCGCGUCUCGCGUCAAGCAUUGUGUAUCGAUUUACGGCCGUGCAAGAUAAAAAAAUACCAGCGAAUUGAAUGAGUCGUUUUCUGCCAUACUCUAGAUAUAUUCUAUAUUUCACGCUUCGGGAGACGGACGCGUUUGCGUUUCGGACGCGGCGCCGUCUGCGGGCGGCGCGGCGCGCUUGUUGCGUGCGCCCAGAAUCGGGGGCGGCGUGUGCGACGCGCGCGCGAUUUCGCGAUUGAAAAGUUUGGCCGCUCUCGACGCUCGGGCCAUCGUGUGACGCGCGAUGGUCUCAGUCUUCUCGCGUCCUCCGUCUGGCGAAAGUUUUCUGGUCACCUCCUUGGAUGUGCCACUGAUGUGUGUACGACGUGCGUGCGCGUUUUCCCACAGCCGACAACUUCGCCGAGAGCACUCCACUAAUUUGUAAAAUUUUCCUCCGAGUUAUUUGACCUCUCCUAAAGCAUCGGCCAGCAGACGCGAUUCUCUAUCGGCGGAAAAAAACGGCGCAACUUAAAAAAACACUCGUAAAACACAAGCGUAAUGGAUACUUUGAACGACAGUUAUAUGAGCAUCGCGAAGGAAGUGCAGGAUCCGGAAAACUCGUACACGCCGUAUGAGGAGCGCCCCGAGACGUACAUCGUGCCUGUCGUUUUCUUUAUUAUUUUCGUGGUGGGCGUCCUGGGCAACGGCACAUUGGUCAUAAUCUUCUUACGACAUCGCGCCAUGCGUAACGUGCCCAACACGUACAUCCUCUCGCUGGCACUGGCAGACCUGCUGGUGAUCGUCUCGAAUGUCCCAUUUACGUCCAUCAUCUACACGCUACCAUCGUGGCCGUGGGGCGCGGCGCUUUGCAAGAUCAGCGAGACGACCAAAGGCGUCUCCAUCGGCGUCUCCGUCUUCACGCUCACAGCGCUAUCAGCGGAGCGGUAUUGCGCCAUCGUCAACCCGCUGCGGCGGCUGCAGACGAAGCCGCUGACCGUGCUCAGCGCUAUUCUUAUCUGGGUGCUGGCCGGCCUCCUGGCGCUGCCCGACGCCAUCCUCUCCGACCUGGAGGUGAUGCCUGUGAACGACACCCGCCAGCCGAACAUCACCAUCUGCACACCGUUUCCGAACGUCACCUACUCCCGGUACAGCGUGGCGGCAAAGGCGCUGAUCUACUACGUGAUUCCGCUGUGCAUCAUCGCCGCCUUCUACGUGUUAAUGGCGAAGCGUUUGCACGCCAGCACCAAGGAGAUGCCCGGCGAGAUUCAGGGCCAGAGUGUGGCGCAGACUCGUGCCCGCCGGCACGUUGCUCGUAUGGUGCUGGCGAUUGUCUUCCUCUUCUUCAUCUGUUUCUUCCCGUACCACGUUUACGUGCUGUGGUACGUGUUCAAUCCGCAUUCGGAGGAGGAGUACAACGAGUACUGGCACGCGCUCAAGAUAAUCGCAUUUUGUUUGAGUUUCAUAAAUUCGUGCGUCAACCCGGUGGCGUUGUACUUCGUGAGCGGCGUGUUCCGCCAACACUUCAACCGCUACCUGUGCUGCCGGAACAAACGCUUACUGAAGCGGCCGACGUCCAACACUAACUGCGAAACGAGCUUCAAUUCCACCUACAAAAGGCCCAACCAAGGCACGCUAAUUGAACGGCACAGCGUAAAAGCGAAGAGCGGCCGAGGCGGCGGUGGCGGCAUCAAAAUGGGAGGGCGCGUCGACUUUCGCGAGAGCGAGCGCAGCGUCGACGACGUCAGCGAGACCUUCGUUCGCAUCGAGAUCCAAUCAGAUUGCCACGAGAAUCAGCGCCGCGUGCACAUGCAUCGCACACCCAGCGGGCAGAGAUGAGACGCCGGAAGUUGCGGUGGCGCGUCAUGCGGAAAACGCGACGCGACGCACUAGUAGGGAAAAAAUUUGUGAAUAAAACGCCUUCUGUCAACACGGUUAAACGAAUUUCGCGUGCACACGCCGCGAGUUGCGGGAAGUGAGCGCGAAUUCCAAAGGCGGAUGGAAUUAUUUUCGUAUUUCCACUAAAUGUUGUCUGUAUGAAUGGUCGUAGGCACCCGUACAAACCAGUACCACGAGCAGGGAUGGCAAAAGUCGGCGGCAGCGAAGAAAAUUGGAUUACCGCGGCACCUAACGAAAGCGAGUCUCUUAUAAGCACUGAAUGAUGCGAAGCGGGGGAGUGAAUCUGCCCGAAGAGAUAUUUUCUAUUUCCCAUUGUACCAUACACGAUAUUCUCGUAUGUGUGUGUAAUAACGGCAUAACUAGGCGGCUGCGUGCCAUGCUAUAUUUCUGUGUGUCUAUUCAAUGUUGAGAUAUUAAACGUUUUAUGAGUUGAAGC